GGCCAGCGGCAGGCGGCCGGGGAGCAGAGUAGGGCCGGGCUGGGUGAGCGCACGGCCAUGGCCCCGUGGCUGCAGCUCUGCUCUGUCUUCUUCACAGUCAACGCCUGCCUCAACGGCUCCCAGCUGGCAGUGGCUGCAGGCGGCUCCAGCAGAACGCGGGGCGCCGACACCUGUGGCUGGAGGGGAGUGGGGCCGGCCAGCAGAAACAGCGGGCUGCAUAACAUCACCUUCAGAUAUGACAACUGCACCACUUACUUGAAUCCAGUGGGGAAGCACAUCAUCGCCGAUGCCCAGAACAUCACCAUCAGUCAGUAUGCUUGCCACGAUCAAGUGGCAGUCACCAUUCUUUGGUCCCCAGGAGCCCUCGGCAUCGAAUUCCUAAAAGGAUUUCGGGUAGUACUGGAGGAGCUGAAGUCAGAGGGAAGACAGUGCCAACAACUGAUUCUAAAGGACCCGAAGCAGCUCAACAGUAGCUUCAAACGAGCUGGAGUGGAAUCUCAGCCUUUCCUGAAUAUGAAAUUUGAAACAGAUUACUUUGUAAAGAUUGUCCCUUUUCCUUCCAUUAAAAAUGAAAGCAAUUAUCACCCUUUCUUCUUCAGAACCCGCACCUGUGACCUGCUAUUGCAGCCGGACAACCUGGCCUGUAAACCCUUCUGGAAGCCUCGGAACCUCAACAUCACCCAGCACGGUUCAGACAUGCAGGUGUCCUUCGACCACGCACCCCACGCCUUUGGCUUCCGUUUCUUCUAUCUUCAUUAUAAGCUCAAGCAUGAAGGACCCUUCAAGCGAAAGACCUGUAAACAGGAGCAAAAUACAGAGACAACCAGCUGCCUCCUUCAAAAUGUAUCUCCUGGGGAUUAUAUAAUUGAGCUGGUGGAUGACACUAAUAUGACAAGAAAAGUGAUGCAUUAUGCCUUAAAACCAGUGUAUUCCCAAUGGGCUGGGCCCAUCAGAGCUGUUGCCAUCACUGUGCCGCUGGUUGUCAUAUCGGCAUUUGCGACGCUGUUCACGGUGAUGUGCCGCAAGAAGCAGCAAGAAAAUAUAUAUUCACAUUUAGAUGAAGAGAGUUCUGAGUCCUCCACGUACAUCACGGCACUUCCCAGGGAGAGGCUCCGGCCACGGCCCAAGGUCUUCCUCUGCUAUUCCAGUAAAGAUGGCCAGAAUCACAUGAACGUCGUCCAGUGUUUUGCCUACUUCCUCCAGGACUUCUGUGGCUGUGAGGUCGCUCUGGACUUGUGGGAAGACUUCAGCCUCUGCAGAGAAGGGCAGAGAGAAUGGGUCAUCCAGAAGAUCCACGAGUCCCAGUUCAUCAUCGUGGUGUGUUCCAAAGGCAUGAAAUACUUCGUAGACAAGAAGAACUACAAGCACAAAGGAGGCGCCCGAGGCUCGGGGAAAGGGGAGCUCUUCCUGGUGGCGGUGUCUACCAUCGCUGAGAAGCUCCGCCAAGCCAAGCAGAGCUCAUCCACGGCGCUCAGCAAGUUCAUCGCCGUCUACUUCGAUUAUUCCUGCGAGGGAGACGUUCCCGGUGUCCUGGACCUGAGCACCAAGUACAAACUCAUGGACCACCUUCCCCAGCUCUGCUCCCACCUGCAUUCCCAGGACCUCAGCCCCCAGGAGCCGGGGCUGCAGCCCGGACGCAUUAGCAGGAGGAACUACUUCCGGAGCAAAUCGGGCCGCUCCCUAUACGUCGCCAUUUGCAACAUGCACCAGUUUAUCGACGAGGAGCCUGACUGGUUUGAGAAGCAGUUUGUUCCCUUCCAUCUCCCCCCACUCCGCUACCGGGAACCGGUUCUGAAGAAGUUUGACUCAGGCUUGGUUUUAAACGAAGUCCUGUGCAAGCCAGGGCCGGAGAGCGACUUCUGUCUCAAGGCCGAGGCCGCUGGCUCCGGGGCGCCGGCCGACCCGCACUCUGAGGGCUCGCAGUUCGCUCCGGACGAAGACGCGGAGGCUGGGCCCGUGCCGGGCGCCAGCGCGGUCUUGCGGCCCCUGCUGCACGCGGUGAAAGCUGCUGGCCCCUCGGACAUGCCACGGGACUCGGGCAUCUACGACUCGUCCGUGCCUUCGUCCGAAUUGUCCCUGCCCCUGAUGGAAGGGCUCUCCACGGACCAGACGGAGACGUCUUCGCUGACGGAGAGCCUGUCGUCCUCAUCAGGCCUGGGUGAGGAGGACCCUCCCGCCCUUCCUUCCAAGCUCCUCGCCUCUGGGGCAUGCAAAGCAGAACCUGGUUGCUGCAGCUACACUGGUGAACUCCACACGGUCGCUCCUUUGUAACAAAACGAAGGGUCUAAGCAUUGCCACUUUAGCUGCCGCCUCUCUCUGGUUCCCCAGCUCGUCUCUCUGGGUAUGUGGCCCACUUGGAGCUGAGGUCUCUUACAAGGAUAUUCAGAAUGAAAUCCUGGCCAGUACUUGCUGUCCUUGCCUCUCUUCUCUACCAGGUAUAUUGGCAGUCUCCAGUUUUCUGAAACCAUGUGGAGCUCUGAAAGGCAUGUCCAUUAUGUCUGACAGCAGCUUGCCAUGUUGGGGCAGACUGAAUUAGAGCCAGUUCUGAGAGGUAGGGAGGAAACAUGUAAAGAGAAACAGGAAAAUACCCACACUGAUUGUUCAGACUUAAUUUAUCUGUGCAAACUUUGCCUAUUCACUACUGGCUACUUUGAUUUGAAAUGCUUUGUGGAAAAAGCACUUUUGAUGCCACUAUAGCCAUGGAAAUCAAGUGCCAGUCUCUCUGGAAUCCAUGUUGUUACAGAUGAUGUUCUUUUCCAUUUUUGACGUGGAAUUUAUGGUACCAUUUACAAUGCCAUGGGUGUUAAAAAAGCUCUGAGUCAAAGGUCAAGAAGGUGACUGAAUAUUCAAUCACCUUUCAUAAAAAUGAGUUUUUAUGUAUUAGCAGGUGGCAUAUCUGGCUGAGGAGGGAGCCGCAGGGCCAGGCUGACCAUGUAGACCAUUCUUUCUGAGAUGGGUUGGUCAAUGUGCAGAAGGCACCAGGGCCACAUCUUGAUCUGAAUAGGCAUCACGGAGGGGCCAGAUCUCCCUGCGAGGUUUCCCGUGGUUAUAUUUACUGUGCUGAAUCUCAGAUGUUGGUGCCUGGAAGUUUAUUUUUAAGAGACUGAUACCCAACUGGGCUGUAUUACUGGAAGUUGUAAUUUUUGCUUUGGUUGGCCUCUGGUCUAAAGCUGUGUCCGGAAUGUUAGGGAUCAGAAUCCACUGACAUACGGCAGUAGGUGGAGGUGGUAGUCACUUAAUCUGCUGAACUUGUUUUGACUAAUGACA